GGGUGCUUCCGAAUACCUCCCAGCAUUUCUGUCUCUUUCUGCCAAACAUGGCGCUAGACCUCACUGUCAAGGUACACCCUGUGGUGUUAUUUCAGAUCGUAGAUGCUUACGAGCGACGUAAUUCAGACUCCCAGAGAGUCAUAGGGACACUUUUAGGUACCGCUGAAAAGGGCAUCGUAGAAGUGACUAACUGCUUCUGCGUACCCCAUAAGGAAUACGAUGAUCAGGUUGAGGCUGAGCUCAGUUAUGCCAUGGAUCUCUAUGAUUUGAAUCAUAGAGUAAAUGCACAAGAGAAUAUCGUAGGUUGGUGGGCAACUGGUAAAGAGGUUACCACGCAUUCGUCUGUCAUCCAUGAAUAUUAUGCGAGGGAAUGCAAUAAUCCAGUCCAUUUGACGGUUGAUACAACUCUUCUCAAUACGACGAGAAUGGGAAUUAAGGCUUACGUUUGUGUACAACUGGGUGUUCCCAAUGGCAAGCAGGGAUGUAUGUUCACUCCGACGAAAGUUCAGGUCACGUCUUAUGAGCCUGAAAUAACCGGCCUCCAGCUCUGCCAGAAGACACAAUCACUGCCAUCAGCACCUAAAACAGGUGGUACUGUUGAGCCCAUGAUGGAUCUUGCGCAAAUAGCCGAAGCAAGCUCCAAGUUAUCUUCGAUGCUGGAUCAGGUGCUGACCUAUGUCGACGAUGUCCUAACUGGCAAACAACCCCCAGAUAACCAGGUCGGGAGGGCGCUCUUGGACAUGGUGCACUCGGUGCCUAAAAUGACGAGUGAUCAGUUCGAUGAGAUGUUCAAUAGCAACGUUAAGGAUUUGCUCAUGGUCGUUGCAUUGUCGCAGUUGAUUAAAACUCAACUUCAAUUAAAUGAAAAACUUACACUCCUCACUACCCUGUAAGCUAUUGAUCGGGAAUUUCCAACAAAUAUUUUUUGGAUAACAAGAUUCUUGUAUUAAACGGCGAAGAAUAAAUUUCGAUGACUAAUUUAA